AUGAAUAAAGACAAUAAGCCAUUCUGUAAAAUCAACAUCAGAAAUGCCUUCUUAGAAAUAAGCAUUGGCAUCUCAGCUAACAGCUUCCUUCUCCUCUUCCACAUCUUCGUGUUUAUUCAUGGCCACAGGCCCAAACUCAGUAACUUGACCAUUGGCUUCGUGGCCCUAACACACCUAAUGCUGCUGCUUAUUGCAGUGUAUAGAACUCAAGACUUUUUUAUAUCUCCAGAGAGAUGGGAUGACAUCGCAUGUAAACUUCUUAUUGUCUUGCACAGAUUUUUCAGGGCCCUCUCUGUUUGUGCCACCUGCCUGUUGAGUGUCUUCCAGGCCAUCAUCCUCUACCCUCAAAGCUCUCAUUUAGUGAAGUUCAAACAUCAUUCUUCACAUCAUCUCUCAUGUUUUCUUAUUUUCCUGUGUAUCUUCUACACAGCCAUUGGCAGUCAUAUCUUAAUAGUUGCUAUUGCCACCUGCAAUCUCACCUCAGAUAAUCUUAUAUACAUCACCGGAUCUUGCUCUUUUUGCGUGAGUUACUCAAUGCAACAGACAUUCUCCACACUGCUGGCUUUCAGGAAUGUCUUCCUUAUCAGCCUCAUAGUCCUCUCGACUUGGUACACGAUGACUCUCUUGUGCAGGCAUAUGAUUCGGUCCCGGCACUUGCAGAACAAACCUUCUCCAAAAGCAUCCCCAGAGCAAAGGGCCCUCCAGACCCUCCUACUGCCUAUGAGUUUCUUUCUGGUGAUGUCAACUUUGGACAGUAUUCUCUCCUACUCUAGAACUAUGUCCCAGGGAAAUCCCACGCUGUAUUGUGUCCAGACCCUUGUGGACCAUGGCUAUGCCACAGUCGGUCUUCUGCUGGCCAUCAGUAAUGAAAACAUAGAACUUACCGUUUGA